AUGGCCUCUUGGUGGCAACAAGGAAGCCCCCAGAGCCUCAACCCCUGCCUUCCCAGAACCCUGCUCCUCCUGGCGCUCUUGGGGAUUUCGGCUGAAAGCAGCGUGUCAGGCCUCAAGGAAUGCCUGAUAGCGCAGUCGGCUCGGGGCAGCACCGUCUCCUGCCACGGUCCCACUGAGUUCCCGCGGCCCCUCCCGGCCGACACCGUCCAUCUGUCGGUGGAAUUCUCCAACCUGACGCAGCUGCCCGCAACCGCCCUGCAAGGGUGUCCCCGCCUGCGGGAGCUGCACCUCUCCAGCAACCGCCUGCAGGCGCUGCCCCCGGGGCUGCUGGCCCCCGUGCCCGGGCUGCGUGUUCUGGACCUGACCCGGAACGCGCUCCACGGCCUGGCCCCCGGGCUGUUCCGCGCCUCGGGCGCCCUGCGCACCCUGGUCCUGAGGGAGAACCAGCUGCGGGCGGCCAGCGAGCGGUGGCUGUGGGGCCUAAGAGCCCUGGGCCACCUGGACCUGGCAGGGAACCGGCUGCGCUCACUGCCCGCCCGGCUCCUCGCCGGCCUCCACGCCCUGCACACCCUCGACCUUGGGGACAACCUGCUGGAGACGCUGCCCGCGGGGCUUCUGCGGGGCCCGAGGCGGCUGCAGCGCCUGCACCUGGAAGGGAACCGGCUGCAGAGGCUGGGGGAUGGCCUGCUUGCGCCCCAACCGUUUCUGAGCGUCCUGUUCCUGAACGACAACCAGCUGACCACGGUGGAGGCCGGCGCCUUCCGGGGCCUAAGGCAGCUGGACAUGUUGGAUCUGUCCAAUAACUCUCUGACCAGCACGCCCCCGGGCCUGUGGGCGUCCCUGGGGAGGCCGGCCCGCGACAUGCAGGAGGGCUUCGACGUCUCCCACAACCCGUGGGUCUGCGACAGAGUCCUGGCCGACCUGUGCCGCUGGCUGGACGCCAACAGACACAAGAUGUUCUCGCAGAACGACACGAGAUGCGCAGAGCCCGAGGCCAUGAGGGGACGCCGGCUGCUGGACCUGGCGGAGCUGCGGUCCCUGUGAGGAUGGCGAAUGGAGUGAGGGCCGGGGACACCCCGCUCGCCCCUGAGCCAAGCCGCUCAGGUCUCGGCACGCAGGCUCCCAGCCUCUGCCUUUCCCGGUCUCCUCUGCCUGGACUGCUGGUCCCUGGCUUCCUCUCCGGCUCCUCCCUGCCCCCACCCUUCCACCUCUCAGUCCUCCUCUGCCCGACCCCAGCGCGCCCCGUGUUCAGCUAGCUUUGACCGGCCUGUUU